ACGAACCAUAUAUCAUACGCUCAAGAGGAAGAAAACUAAGGUUUUAACAGAGCAAGAAAAAUAAAACUAAAAUAGGUUCGUUAAAGUUUCUAAUUUUGGGGGAGAUUUUACUUUAAUUAUUGGUUUAAAUCUAUAUAAUUAAGAGAAUCAGAGGGAAGUUGCGACGAUUUGGAGAUUCGUCAUCUUCAGAGAAAAAUGAAGGGGAGAAUAUCGAAGAUAGGAAGCUACGCAAUAUCAUCAUCCACAAGAGAUUGCAUAUCCUGCACUACCUUCAACAUCCUCGCUCCCAUCUACAAACGCCUCUCCCAAAACGAUCAAAGCAUCCGCGAAAGCGAUAAUCGAGCGUAUUGGAUGGGAAGGAAUCACCGAAUCCUCGAUUGGUUACUCUACGAGAGAUCUUCAAUCAUAUGUCUCCAGGAGUUUUGGGUAGGCAACGAAGAGCUUGUUCGCUUGUACGAGAAGAGACUCGGAGACGCUGGGUACCUCUGUUACAAACUUGGCCGUACCAACAACCGUGGCGACGGUUUGCUUACGGCUGUUCAUAAGGACUACUUCAGAGUUGUCCGCUCUAGAGAUUUGCUUUUCAAUGAUUGUGGUGACAGAGUCGCGCAGUUGCUACAUGUGGAGCUAGUUCCUCCUUACUCUCAGUACGAUGCUCAUCAGCAAGUUUUGAUCGUCAACACUCAUUUGCUCUUUCCUCAUGAUUCCACACUCUCUAUUGUAAGAUUGCAGCAGGUUUAUAAGAUUCUUCAGUACGUUGAAUCUUAUCAGCAAGAAGUUAAUCUCAGUCCAAUGCCUAUUAUACUUUGCGGAGAUUGGAACGGAAGCAAGCGAGGACACGUGUACAAGUUUCUCAGGUCACAGGGGUUUGUGUCGUCUUACGACACUGCUCAUCGGUACACAGAUUCAGAAUCUCAAAAGUGGGUAAGCCAUAGGAAUCACCGGGGUAACAUAUGCGCUGUCGAUUUCAUAUGGCUUCUCAAUCCAAAUCGCUAUAGAAAGCUUCUCAAAACAAGUUGGAGUGAGGCAGUGUUUGGCAUGUUCAGAUAUCUACUGAGAAGAGCUUCACUAACAGCUGAAGAUGCUUUUGCCUUUCUGAAAACCGACAAUGCCGGUGACUACAUUACAUUCUUGGGCUUCUGCGAGACUCUUCGACAGCUCAACCUAACGGGUCAUUGCAAUGGACUUACGAAGAAAGAGAUUAAAGAUCUGUGGAUUCAAGCUGACAUUGAUGGAAACGGUAUUGUAGAUUACAAGGAGUUUCAGCAAAGAAUUUGGAAUCAAACGUGGUCUGAACAGAGAGAUGCAGAGGACGGAGAAGCAAAAGGCAACCAAGAACAAACAGUUGGUUUCAGCGUCAAGAACGCAGUAUUGUUUCCUCCUGAAGUGGAGAAAGGAGUGUGGCCAGAAAAUUACUCUCUCUCAGAUCACGCGAGACUAACCGUUGUAUUCUCUCCCAUAAGAAUGCCUUGCUCCCAAUUGGUUUCCUGACAAAAACACUCUACAACAAACCUUUUUCUUCUUCCAUUUUAGAGAGCUCUAAGAUUGUGUCCUUAGAGAUCAGAAUCAACGCUUUGCUCGGUUUCCAUUGGAAGACUGGCACCGUCCUGAGCGCUCUCACCCUGAGGUUUCUGCGUCUGUGGGGAAGAAGAGAGAAAAGACAGAACACGAGUCUUAUACCUUUAUACCAUCAUGUACAAAACAUGUAAACCAAAUAUAGAAUAUUUCAUGCAAAAAUGAAAUGCUGUAGUAGAGAUUUAAUAAGCAGCUUUGCAACUGUCUUCAUUAUUUUGCCUCUUUCUGUUUUUAUUUUUGCAAAAAAACUUGAUACCUCUAUGACUCUGUGAGUCUGUGUAGAGUUUGUUAGAGAGAAAUGAAACCAAUAAAAUUUAUUCA